AUGGGCGCACUCGAACAGAAGCGGGGGCCAAACAAUAGAGAAGCAAGUCCUGGGAAAAGCAUUACCACGCCCACAGUCAGUUUAUCAAACAGAAAAUCAUGGAAUAAAGAACACUUGGCUUUGACAUUUCCCAAACCAUGCCAGCCAGGUAGGAAAAAGAGAUCAAGACUUUUGAAGUUACCAAACACAGUUCCUAGACACGGCAAAAGACAAUUAAAGGAAGACCAGAAGAAAGCUCACAUAUGGAUAAGGCAUUCUUUAGGAAAAAAAUCCCAAAGGCCAUCUAAAUACUUUGCUAUGAACAGACAAGUUCCAUUCAAAUGUUCUUAUAUUUCCAAAACCUAUUCUGAAAAGGUAAAAUCUAAAAAGUCUGAAGAUGGCAUAAAAAAAGCAGAUGUUAAGAAAAACUCUAAUAAAGAACCAGACCAGCAUACACGACCUCUAGAAUCAAAAGAAACAAUAAAAGAUGAAAAAUAUAAAAGAAAUAACAAAGCAAUUAAAAUUCCAUCACAUGAAAAUGUACCAUUCAAACAGCCAAAUUCCAAAUCACUUUCAAAUUCAGAAUCCAAAGAUUCUAAUGACAUAUCAAAGAAAGUUAAAAAAACCGUUAAAAAAUAUUCAAAAAAUUUCAAGAAAACAGAUACUAAAUUUAUAUGUGCAAAAAUUGAUCCAAAGAAAAGUUCUAAGAAGAUUUCAAAGAAGGAUCUUGAUGCUGAAUCAGAAAUUGUCUCCAAAAAUAGUUCAAAUGUGGAUUCAGAGAUAUAUUUAGAAGAAUGGAUGGAUUUUAAUAUGUUGCAAAAGAAUUACUCUCAGAAUAACUCAAAGAAAGGUGCAAAGAAAGAUACAAAAAAAUAUUUAAAGACCUCUGAUGCUGAAUCUACAGACUCAAAGGAUGCAAAGAAGGAUAAGAAAAAUGCAAAGAAAGACAAUAAGAAGAAAGACAAAAAGAAUGAAUCUGAAUCUACUGAUGCUGAAUCUGUAGAUACAAAGGCUGCAAAGAAAGAUAAAAAAAAUGUGAAGAAAGACACUAAGAAGAAGGAACUGAAGGACACAGAUUCUACUGAUGUUGAAUCUGUAGACUCAAAGGACGUAAAGAAAGAUGUGAAGAAGCAUAAGAAAGAUUCAAAUAAAGACAAACAGAAGAAUGAAAAGGAGGAUGCAGAGUCUACUAAUGUUGAAUCUGAAUCAGAAUUGGAGUUAAAGAAAAGUAAAAGAGGUGAAAAGGAUAAAAAGGAUUCAAAAAAAGACAGUAAGAAGGAUAAAAAGAACAAAAUGUCUACUGAUACUGAAUCUGAGUCUGAAGUAGAGUCAAAGAAGAAUAAAGGUGAUAAAAAGAAGGAUAAGAAAGAUUCAAGGAAAGAGGGAAAAAAGAAUGCAAGUAAAUAUGCAAUUUCUACUGAUGCUGAAUCUGAAUUGGAGUCAAAGAAGGAUAAAAAGGAUGCAAGAAAACAAGCAAAGAAAGACAUAGAGUCUACAGAUGUCGAAUCUGAUGAUUACUCCAAGAAAGGCCAAAGAAAGCCCUUAAAGUCAGUAUUAAAAGAUUCAGAUGUUGAAUCUGAAGAGUCACUUUAUAAACUAGGGCCUAAAAAUAGAGGAGUUGAUGAUUCAGAUGCCACAUCUAUAGAUUCAAAGAAGGGAAUGCAGGAUGUAAAAAAAGGAUUCAGAAUGUUAUCCAAGAAGACCACAUUCAAAGAAAAAGAAAAGAAAACAUUUAUAGGUAGAUUUCCUGCCUCAAGAGAAAGGCCACCACUACCUCCUUGUGAACCUUUAUCACCAUCAUCUAAGAUUAAACGUCCCUGUCGGUGCAGGAUGCCUCCUCCACCUCCAAAACCAAGAUAUGCUCCUUUGCCAGAAGCAGAAUGGAUUCGAAGGCUGCUUUAA